AACAAUCUCGUCCAUUCGUUCCUCGCUAAGCGUUUUUUGUAUUCCCACGUCUUGUUGUUCGUUCAGCGAUGUCAAGAACCUUAACAUCGAUAUCGGGCCGCAUAAGAUCUGUGACUUUCGUCUGCUACCAUUCAUCGUGAUGACUUGUGCAUCUGAACAUGAAAUCGGUCGCACACCCCCAUCGGAUUUGCCUCCGUCGCGGUGCAAGCUUGUGAACGGCAUUAUCGUUCUGACUGAAACAGCUCGAGUUCUAAGGUUUAAGUUGUAGAGUGAGAGAUAAUCCUGUGGAUACGGCUACACCCUAAACCCUAAUUCCCCGCACACCCGUACACUCACCCAAACAUCUAACCCCUUGUACUUAUACUGGAAAAACACGUCACAGUCACUUUUUUCAGUGUUACUGUUACUCGUCUGCGGAUGGAGAAAUUCGUUGAGUCGGCUAGGAAGGCAUACUAAUGUAGACGGUGAUGAAAUUGAAACGGUUGAGACGCGUACUAGCGCAAGGGUACAGCUACAGUCGUUGUACUGAUCUACAGUAGAACAAGCCAUGGUUUUGCAGCCAUGUGUACUGAUCUACAGUAGGCCACAACAUGGCUCUGCAGCUGAACAGCGACAGCAAGUUUUCCGUCUAGUCGCAGACGGCGUAGAGAUCGCAAAAAGUAGCAAACCGCUUGUGCUCUCUAACCGAGUUUCGGUGUAACUGCAGUGACACUGGUUAUUCACCGGUUACAGGCAGAGCUGAGAAUUGAGCUUGAGCGACGCGGACUUGGUGUGCCACGUCCUGCAAGCAGGCAGCCUCUCGUUGCGCUCGUGAAGGACUGCGUUUGCUUCGUCAAGGCGGAAGCGCACCCAUCCGUCUCCGCGACAACAACGACUCUUCCACUUCCUACAGAAAGAGUAGUACGAGGAACGUCAUCUUCAAGGACAAGGUUAACAAAAAAACAUCAGGUAGCUGCAACAGCUGCAAUAUCAUUACAAGAAGUUUUUUUUUGCAGCUCGCAGAACCGAGGUCGAGCUGCAGACGAUUGAUCCAUCGCCACCGACUCCAAGACCAACCAUAGAUACGCAUACAUCAAGAUGGACGCUGGCGCAGAUUUGUCCCAGACGCUCCCUGGCGCUGGAGGGUCCGGGACGAGUGCUACUAUUCUAGUAGGGGAUACAGUCAAAAGCAGUAGUUCUAAGGCGCCAAUGCCUGUCGUGGACUAUCAACAGUGGAUAGGAGAUGCAGUGAAACUCCUAGAGAGUUUUGAUCCUAAAAAAACAACAGUGGAUGCCCAUUACGACGAUGUCUUUGGUGCGGGGGGAGGCGAGAAAGCAGCCAGAAUGGCAUCAGCGAGAAAGAAGUUCGCGCAGCAAGUUUUUUGUACUAGCAUUUGACUCAUGAUCAUGUCUGUGUAAACUACUUAAGUACUUUGUAGUUGUGCUUGUGCCCCCUUGUGCUUGUGUCUCUCUCGUCUCUUCAUCAUCACUUGUCACUCUCACAUCAUGCGGCCAACAACCAUAGCUUCUCAGGAACUACAUCACGAUCACCCACCUCAGAUUGCUGCAUCCGAUACCAGAAAUUCCUCAACCUUUUCGUGAACGCCUUCCUGUACAAGAACCCUGCUUCAGCGCCAAGAUCGGACCAGUCGAUCUACAUGAUAUUGGGUUGUCUCCUGUUUUUCCGAGUAGACGAACUGGGCACGAACGAAAUGGGGAAGAUUCUUCUGAAAUCGAACAUCAGCACGCCGCCGGCAUUGAAUGCGCUGCUGGUACCGAUUCGAUGCUCAAGUGACACUGACUUAUCUGAUAAUAUCAGUCUGGUGAUACUUAGUACUUACCAUUUCCAUACUUUCUUUUUUCGGUUUUUGUUUUUUCUAGUUAGAUAUGCUCCACCAACAAUAUCAGUCUGGUGAUACUUAGUACUUACCAUUUCCACCUUGAUGUUGCUAUCGAACUGGUGUGUCCAAGAUAUCGAACUAUUGGUAUCAAUCUCCUGGUGAUACUUGGAACAACAGGAUCUUGACCUAAAAAGAACCAACCCUCACAACAACUCUAGGAAUUCGUCUUUUCGGAAGAAGACCUGAACAACUGGGUGAAAAUGGAGUGGUGUAAGGUGUAUGAUAUGACCUUUUUAGAACAAGAGGUCAUAGGGAAGAUGCAAAGAAAGAAGCCAGAGAUGCAGCGUUACAUCGACGAAUUGAGAACUAUUGCGGUAGGAGCAAGUGCUGUGGAGAUUAUGACUUGGUUGCUUGAUGUCUUGUGAAGAGUAGAUUGAAAAUGGAGUGGUGUAAGGUGUAUGAUAUGACCUUUUUAGAACAAGUGCUCAUCCUCAUAGACAGAUCCGAACAAACACAAGAGACGGAUAAGUAGAAAAAUGCCAAUCAUAAACUUACCUUAAAAGAUGUAAUGACGUGCCAAGACUUGGAGCUCACCCGCAAGAAAGUAGGCACUUUCUAAAUUCUAAGUAGGGAAAAGCCUGAUUUCUUGAGUAUGAGCACACUUUUUCGUGUCAUACUUGAUGUCUUGUGAGAAGACAAUAUGCCAGGUCCUGGAAUUUGUUGUGGCACUACUAAUUCCGUUGGAAAAAUCUUCUAGCUUGUAGUUUCUCUCCUUCUUGUCCUUCAGAAAUAAGUAACAUCAACAGUUCAAAGCUUCGACCCACGACCACAUCAUCUCUAAUCUCCAAAGCGCAGAAGGCGAAGGGGCAACUCUAGCCAUGGCUGGGAGGUUACCAGGUGCUGGUAAGGUGACCAAAAUCCAGGCGUUUAACAUUACGAAACCGAAGCCACGGUUGAUACCACAGCCAGACGUAAUAGGCAGAGUGUACGAGGCCAAGCCGCCGCCAAAAACUAUCUACGCCACCAGUCUCGAGCAAGUCCAAAAAGAAGGCGCAGAAAGACGAGAAAAGGUUGCUGCGGCGACUAGAGGAAAGUACGACGCAGAAAGGGAUGAAUUCGUGCUAGAAACUGCAAAGAGGCCUGCUGCAGAUGAUGAUGCGAAAGACCGAUACGCAAAAGACGUGGAGGAUGUGCGUUACCGGGAAUGCACCUUUCAACCAAAAAUAAAUCAACUGCCUGGAGGAAAAUUGCAUUUGGAGCAAAUAGCGGAUGUGAGGCAAAAUGCGUCGUCGAUUCUGCGGGAGGAUAACCUGGUACAUUUCAUCACUGGCAUAACUCAGCAUUAAUAGAUUCAUCAACUUAGGCAGCUCGCCGAAUAGAUUCAAUUCAUCAACUCAGCAUCAAUAGUGUUUAGACUUUCAUUCAUAAUGAUCUCCUUACAUAAAAACUGCUACAGGUCCGGAAAAAGCAAGAAAAGGAGUACAACGUCCUCAUGGACUAUGAGCGUGGUUUGCGGGACGCUAGCGAAUACUUCAUGUGGCAGUAUAAUGAACGAGUCAAAGACGAUGUUGAGGAAAAGUGCAGGGUUGAGCAACGUACUGGAACUACUCCACUGUGAAACGAUGUAACUAGAUCUUCUAUUCGGUUCUCGCGCUACUAAAUCUCAAUCUGAUCAUACUAGUACUUGGACUUAGCUGUAAGUACUUUUUUCCUGAGUCCGUCGAAAAUUUAGAUAGCGUACAGCCUCUUACUCUGAUCUCCAUUCUCAGGUAAAAUCGAGAUGCAGAUGGCAGCAGCGGCCGCUAGAGAAGCUAUGGAGUUGCAAUUUCAGAAAAACGUUUUGAACGCAGAGCAAAUCAAACUCGAAAAACAAGUGGCAGAGAAGAAGAAAGCCAAGACACUUGCAGCAGAAGAAGCUAACAAACGAGCUUUGUGCCGUGAGGUGUACGAUAUGCGCGGGAGGCCAAGAGUGCAGCUGGAUAUCGUAGAUGAAAACCGGAGAAAAAAUGCAGAAGAAAUCAAAAGAGAUAAGGCGAAAAGGUUCGAAAUCAAAAAAGCAGACGAUGAGCAUGAGAUGGAACAGUACUAUGGUUUUUUAUUGCAUACGAUUAGAUGUAACUGUGCCAGUGCCUAUUGAGAUUCUAUUUCGCGCGACUUCUGCUUGUCUUUAUUCCCUCUCCGAAGGCCUCAUCCAACACAUCAACUCCUACCCUAUACCACACGAUCACAGGCGCAAAGACCUCAUCCGCCAAAUUCGAGCCAUUGUCCGAGUUUCAACGGUCACAGCCGAGCCGUACGACCCUAGUGAGCCACCAAGACAUGGCAUUUUAGACGAAAUGUCACUAGCGGAAUUGCACGAACGAUAUAAAGUCGAGAAGGCGAUUGCGGAAAGGAAAAGGCUGGAGAAGCGGGAUUUUAUACUGGAUGAGAAGGUAGUACUAGGUCAAUUUCUCACUGAGCAUGAAUAUGAAAAGACAAUUUGUGAAUAAGUUUUGAAACCGUGUCCCCUUUCCUCCCAUUAAUUCGCCAUGUCUUUUGCCUCUACUUCUAACCCCAGUCUCACUUCCACAUGACUAACAUAUCAGAACGAAAAGCGAAAAAUCCUGCUGAAGAAAGCCGAAAACCUGUCUAGAAUACGCGAGAUAGCGCGCGACCAAGCUAGAGAAAGGCACGAGAAGAAAAAGGAAGAAACAAAGGCCCAGGCGGCAUAUGAGCAGAAGCUGAAAGACGUGGCAUGUGUCGAAGCUGCGGACAGGAUAAAGAAAAAGAAAGAGGCCCGCUUCCGGGAAGAGCAGCGCUUAGCGAAAGAGCUGAAGGAAAUCAACGUCAAGCGGCAGUUCUUGGCAGCUGGUGCAGAGCAAAUGGAGGCCAAACAGAACUAUGAGCAACUACAGGGCUUAGAGAGGGAGCUCAAAGAUCGACAGAGCGAGAUGCUGCAUAGGUGAGUUUUUUCUUUGGUUUUUGAAUUGGGGGGAAAUUCAAAUUUAGAUUUAGUCGUGUAUGGCAUGUUGAUGUUCGUCGUUGAAGUCAACUUGAAUUUAGAUGUGUCUUCACCGAUCGGAAUCAUAUGUUUCCUCCUCUUCAAGACUCCCCGCACAAAAAUACAGUGCCAAAGUCGGUCGCAAAGUCCGAAAACAAGAACUGAAGAACAUCAAGAUGAACAAGGUCAAUGAGAAAGACGAAAUUGUGGCGAUGAUAGCCGGCGUCAACGAACGCCUACAGGCCAGCAAGAAGGAUGAUGCCCUAUUGCGCGAAGAAUACAGGUUGGAAAGAAGAGACGCGCAUGCAGAACAAAGGAGAGUCGAGGCGAGAUUGCAUCAAACACAAUUGAAGCAACUGCCCUAUGCGACUCGGUUGACGCAGGAAAGCAUCAGGAAAGCGAGGACGUGGAGGGAGAGUCACCCAGAGCCGGUUCCGCUGCCACCGUAAGGGACUGGGUUUAUUUGUAUGAUGUCUUCGCGUAUGGGUACGGGGUAGAAGGUUGAGUUUCGAUUUAGAUUUAGAUUUUUUGCGCCAGUUGCAUAUGGGGCAAUUCAUUUAAGAUUUAGAGUUACUAGAUUUAGAUUCGCACUCGCACAGAGUAUAAUGAGGUUCAUUAGAUCAGAUCAAGUGGUCACAUGAAUAGUUACACGAAAAUUUCGAGCUUAGACUUAUCCAAACCGAGGGAGAUUUAGAUUUAGAUUCGUACGUGAAAGGUAGUGGACAAAUUCAAAGGUAUCUAUAGGGCAAUGAUGUGCAACACGGCAAUGGACACUCUUUAGAUAUGCCACGGUCAAUUGGAAGUGCCUGUACCUGGUCGCCCACUGGUGCACAAAAUUAGAUUUAGAAAGCAAGGUGCAUAUU